GCCGGAGCUGCCGCGCCGGGCGGGGCCUGCCCGGGGCGGGGCUGCGGGCGGGCACCUGCGGCGGGAGCGGGCGGCAGCAUGAGGCUGAGCGCGGGCGUCCUCUCCCUCCUGCUGGCCCUGCUGGGACUGUCGAGCUUCGUCUUUCUCGUUGUGGCCAUCGCGACGGACUUCUGGUACAUCAUCGAUGCCUCCAAGCUGGAGGCGUCCCGUAACGGCUCGGCCGCCCUCAGCUCGCACUCGGGGCUGUGGCGGAGCUGCCGCGUGAGGAGUGAAUGUUACCCUUUGAUAAACCCCUUCUGGCAUGAGAAUGCAAACAUCACUGAUACACACAGACGGCUUUUGUACAUGCAUGGAACAUUUGUCAUCCUGAUGCCCCUCAGCCUGAUACUGAUGAUUGUUGGAGGAAUGACCGGAUUCAUUGGUAUUCUUGCCAGGGCCUACCUACUGCUCCUGAUGACAGGACUGCUUUUUCUUUUUGGAGCUCUUGUUACACUUACUGGGAUCAGUGUCUAUAUUGCAUAUUCAGCUGCUGCCUUCGAAGAAGCUGUCUGCCUCCUGAGGAAUCUAUUCUACAGUUUAUAUGAUGCUUUUGAAGUGCCCAUGUCACAUUUGGUACCUAAAUGGAAGAAAAGUUUUUAUGUAUGGUGAACCCCUUAAUAUCUGGCUGAAAAAUUUCUGAAGAACAAAUGGAAAUUCAGGCUUCACAAAGGUGAUCUGUCAUCAUAAGAAAAAAAAAAACCCUUGGAUUCAGACUGGACCCUUUGUAAAAAAGAUCCCAACAGAAAUUGGAUGUAGAGGAGUCUGCAGAGAAGCAGGGGCCUGGUGGUGCAGUGACAGUCAUCUUAGCUGGAAUUAUGAACUGCAGCUUUCCAGAGCUAAAAGCACAAUCUGCAGCUUAGACUGAAGAGGUAGAAGUGCUGUUGAGAGCUGUGCUACGUGGGACUUCUCCACUGACCAAGUGGCUGCCCUGGAGGUGACACAGAAUUUGAUACAAAGUUGGCAAGUCUGCUUGGAAAAGCGAAACAAAACAAUGUGUACUGCAAGAUGGAAAAAUGAGAGGCUGCCUUUACUUUGCUGCCAUGGAGAAACUUUGGCACUGCUUUGAACCAUCGCCCAGAAACAUUUUUGUGCCCAGCUUGUAUCUUGGUUUAUGUCAGAAGAUGACUUUGAAAAUGAGCUGGUUUAUAGAACAGAGAAGAGUCAAGGGUAAUAGGAGAGUAAAUGAUUGCCUCAGUAUUGAGUCUGGGGAAAAAAUCACGUAGAGUAAAAGGUGAAAACAAGAUUUGGAUCCCGACAAACCUGUGACGUCCAUCAGAUCCCCACAGGUGCAGGAUGGACAUUCCUCACAGCCAGCCCUGACCUUCCAGCCCUGAUAGGGUUGGAUGGACCUUUGGAAAAAGCUGAGCCUGUUGUCUUGUCAGAGGAAAACCAAACAGAGAAUGUCUUGCCAAAUGCUGUGUAAUACUUGCUGAAAUGUCACACCCAGAGUGGGAUGCAGGGGAGAGGAGGGUGGAAGAGCUGAUGGCACUGUUGAACAUCCAGUUUAGCAAUGGAAUGAUAGAAUCAGAUGCUAAAAUAGACUUUUUUUUUUUUUUUCCCUUUUUGAAAUCUUUCUUGUGAAAUACUUAUUUUGUUAGAAACUUAAAAGAGAAGCAUUGAAACAUGCUUUUAUUUUGUCAGAGCCCCUUUCCCCCUCCUCAAACAAUGGACUUUUUUUAGGUUUUGCUUGAAACCUAGAACAAAUGCCCUGAAUUAAAGCACAUGAGACCACAGUAACUGACUGCACACCCCGAGCCCUGCAGUGUCAGCACACUCCCUUGGACAAUCUGGGGCUGGCACAAGCCACCAAAGGGCAGAGCUGGGGCUCAUGGCAGCAGGAACCAGGGACCAGCUCUGGGCAUUUGAUGGCAGCAGCACCAAGCGGAUGGUGGGUGAGGUCCUGCCAGCACCUGCUCCUGUGAACAGCAGCAAGAAUCCCCAUCUUCAGCAGGGCAGAGGAGCAAGAGGUGAGACAGAGUCAUCGUGGCUUCUACAUCUCCUUGUAGCAGCAAGUGGACUAAAGAGGCAGCAGAAAACUCUGUGCAGACACAAGCAGGGGACCUCUCUGCCUGCAUCCUGUGGAGCGUGAACAAUUCUGGGAAAUGCCUUUCAGCAGCAGUGAUUUAGUAAGCCAGGGAGUUGACUCAUGAUAGCAGGAGCCAGAAAUGCAGCAAACAGUGGGUACCUCUUUGGGGAGGGAAGACGAGGUGGAGGGUUGUUUGCAGUAGACAGCAGCCUGCUAAGAGGAGCAAACAGGUUUGUUUGUUUUUAUUAAGUUACUGCAAAGCCACUUGGGUUCUUGCUGAAUUGGGUGCAUUGUAGAGACAAGACAAAAGGCACUAACUAGUCAACGAAAGUCAGGCACUAAGGUAGAAUAAGACCUUACCUAUUUCAUCUGUAGAGAAAACUGGAUAUUGAAGAUGCAGUGCAACUGCUGGCAAAUUAUGGUGUUUUAGACAAUGCUAUUGUCAUUCAGAAAAAAAACGUGGAAGGCAGUAGGUAUGGUCUCAAGGAGUGACUUUUUACUUGCUGUAGCAGAGUUCACCUGGGCUGAGGUACCACUAGGCUGGUGCUGUAUGGACACAGCAGAGGAGCUUUGUGCAGAGCAAGGUGUGCAGGUUAGAGAAAGCAAGGUGCUAGGCUGCCAGAUGAGCACUACAUGUGCUCUACCAUCAUUUAGGGAAGUGCUUGCUAACAACAGCUUACCUAAACUUAAUGAAAUAAAAAGACUCUCCUUAUUUUAGACUGGCAGGCACCUUUAAGAUUUGGUAACUGAAGAUUAAUUUACUGUCAUUGGCCCUAAAUGUUUUUAUAAUGCCAAUUUAUAGCUAUGAGAAAAAAAAAAAGAAAAGUGACCAGAAUAGGUUUUUUAAUAAUAGAUAAAACCCAUCAUCUAGCAGUCUAAGUGAAUUCAAUACCAUUUACCUGGAAUAGAGGCUGCAAUGUCUUGUUAAACCCACUGACUCACCAGCAUGCCCCCCAAAAGCACCUGCCUGAGUCAGCUGGCAGAUUUAAUGGCUGUUUGGUUUUCUCCAAGUCUGUGGCAAAUCAUGGUUGGGACUUUGUGCUUAAACACCAGGCAAACAUAAUGCCACUGAUGCCCAUGCUUGAGAUGGAUUUCUUUCCCUUGGAAUGACUCUUUCUGUUUCACCAUCAUUAUAACAGGAAUUGUCCUGGAAAGCACAACAAAAGCAGUUUUUUAUUUCCCCUUGCAAUAGUGCUGAGGACUCAUUCCAAUGUCCUAUUUCUUUGCUGGGCAGAAAAGGCUUGUGUUUGCAUUUCCUUCAGCUGUUGCUAGUCUGGCUGCCAACAUGGCUCAAUUAAUGAUGGAUCAGAGUCACUGCUGCAAGAUGUCUUGCUUGGAGUGAAGGAUUCAAAAUGCUUUAAGAGGCAUCCAUGCUGUUCUCUAAGUAUCACUCUAUUAGCUGCCCUCCAGUAGCCUUAUCUGGCUAAUAUAAUAUUGCAGAAACAAAGUUACAGAGAUAAAAAGCAACGUGUGUGGAUGUGGUGUUGUAAAAUCACUGACUAGGGAGAACACAUUUUUAAUGUAAUGCAGGUGACCUGGAAUAGCUUUCAUUCCUGUGUCCAUUUCCUUAUACAUAAUACAGCAGAUUUAAACACUUUUAGUCCUUUGAGCAUGGAUUUCUGGGCUGAAGGAUCACAAUGAAGUUUUAUAGCCCUUUCUUAUGAAGUGUGGCAUUUCUGACAUUAUUUGAUGUGCAAGAGCAACUGCAUUAGUCGAGGGCUACGCUUGAAUAGUUAUCACUUUAAGCCCAUGCCCUGGGAGUAUUGUAUUCAGCUCCCUCAUUAUUUCCAGCCCUGCAGGUUAUACCAAGAGUUGCUAUUAGUACAUUACAACCAUAAAAUGAAGGUAGUCACUUUCUAUAAGGGUCAAGUUUACUCCUAGAAGCUGGCAAACUUCAUUUUGCAGCUCGGGUGGACUGGCAGUGCCCUGCUCCAAGCUUUCCUGCUGCCUGGCUUUGUGUGCAGCCUUGUGCUACCUUGUUGGGUCCAAGACUUGCUUGGAAAACAUUAAAACUUUGAACAAAAUCUGACACUACAGCAACUAUAUGAAGCAACCAUCAGCCUGUUCACCUUAGACAAGCUCCUACGUCAUUCAUCAAACAUACAGUCCAUCGUAUUUGAGGGGAGGUUGGGUCAGAGUCAUGAGUACUCCACAUGGCUGUAAGACAAGCAUUUUGGGUAUAUUUAGCACUUGAUACUAUGGAAGGACAGCAGUUCUGUUUGUUGAAGUCAGUGCACCUUCCAGGUUGUCUUAACCUUCACAGCAUCUCCUAGGAUAUUACUGAAGAGAUAAAGCAACUGAGACAAUCUACUUGAGUGGAGCACUUGGGCUCAUGUCUGCCACAGCCUAUGAGCUGGUGACACAGGUACUGGUAAGCUGUGGAGUCAUGGGGAUCGAGGUCCCCAAAGCUAGAGGAAGAUGCUCAGAAAAUAAAAAAGAAUCAUGCCAUGAUAUCCAGGCCCACUUCUUCACCUGAGACAGAGUCCUUCUCCUAGAGCUCAUGACCCAGCCUGCAGUGGAGUAGCCCCUGCUGCAGACAAGGCUGCACAUCCCACCAUGAUGCCCACCCUGCUGCCGUGGGUUGGUGAGCAGGGCUGUGUGUGUGUGUGUUGGUGUCUGUGCCUCAGGGAGUGAAACUGCUGCUGGGCUGUCACACUGGUGUGAGGGUGUAACUGCCCACACACUGCUGUUGGGCUGAACACCCUGAGGGCAAGAAGGUAGGUAGGUUGCAUGGGCAAUUCUGAGUGAACAUCUACUGCUAAAAAAAAAAAGGCCCUAAUAGAUUUUAGGCAUGGAAGAAACAGCUUAAAUUGAAAAAAAUGUUUUCCAGGAGGAAAAUUUCCUUGACCCCAGUUUUCUGUGGGUUACAAGGGAGAUACAGAUCCAAGGGACAUACAAAAUUAAAGAGAAAAGAACAAGGAGCAUUGUCCUCAUUUGAGACGUGCUUAUUUGGUAGAGCGUUGCUGAUGUGCUGUAGCACACACGUCAUGCUUCCACGCCGUGCCUGCCAGUCAUUAAUUACUUUUUGCAAAAACAGUAAUAGCACUUUUGCUAAAGCAGUGGUUAAUAGACGUGCCUCACAUCUGAUCAAUAUUAAUCAGUGAAAUGAAACCCAUCAACUUAAUGAUAAGAUGAUAGGAUGAAAUCUUAAUGCAUCUCAUUGAUGGUGCUUUGCCUCAGAAGCACAGGAAGAAACCUGUGUUUGUUACCUACAUUCCACGGUGUUUUGAAGCCUGGCAUCUUUCCCUGUAAAUAACCCCUGUGCUUACCUAGAGUCCUGACCAACACUAGUGAAAGGGUAACAUCAUAACUGCACCUCAAAUAUUAUUUAUGAUCUUAAAUAGUAACGGGAGUUUCAGCAGUACUUAAGAAAGAUUUUUAAUCAAAUAUUUUCUUGGGUGCUUUCUGAGAAAAGACCAAUCUUCAAGAAAUCUCACAUCUGUGGCAUGAACUGCUAAAGCAACAACAAUCUUUCUUUUUUGACCCCGCCUUCCUAAAAAAAAAAUAGUAGUAUAUUAAAAAAAAUAAUAUCCAAAUUCCAAAAUACGCUCCUGUACUUCCCCCUUCCCCCCAAGAAAAGGAUUAAAAAAUAUGAUGUGUUUGGUGUUAACCACACUACUGAAAGUAUUACAGUGCUGUGGUGUUAGGCAGGGUACAGCUGCAGUCUAGUAUACACAAAGCUAGUUAGUGGAGACACUGAGGGGUUUUCUUUGUUAACUUCUGGGUUUGGUAAAGCCUCUUACUCGACGUGUAGCCAGAGCGAUUGCAAUUCAAGGGAAGAAUGAGUGUUCAUCACUCUCUGAGCUGCUGUUGCAACGGCCAACUAGGUCAACAGGCUAUUUACCACCAGGGCUCAAAGUCUGUCUUCUGCUGAUGUGCUUCUGAGUAUCUGUAAGGCAUCCUGUUUAUGCUGAGUAUAUUUCUACCUUCUAGGAAUCAGGUCUUAGUCCCUGUGUUGCAGGUGUUGGAUGUAGCCUGGAUAUGAAGGACAAUCCUUUCACUGCGGGCUAUAAAGUCCAGGUUUCAGGAAAGCUGCUCUUCAAAAGCCAAGCAUCCCAAAACUGGAGAAUAUAUAAAGACUGGUGCUAACAGCAUCAGGAGCAAGGAACGAAUGGAGCAUUGACACUUUAACUAUGACUGCAGUUGAACUAAUUGACUCAUUGCUAGAAGAGAGAAACCAGCAUGAGGCUCUGCCCCUGCCAGCACGUGCAGAGGAGAGGAGAGGGCCAGACCAGCAACACUGCAUAACGACCCAGGAGCAGUAAAAUGAUGUAUGAGCACUCUUCUCGUUUUCACAAGGCAGCAGUGGAACACUAACUUGUUUCCAUGGCAACCCUGAAAAAGAAUUACAGCUUUAAAAUUGACUGAAUGGUAGCCCCAUGAAAAAGUAAAGGGCAGACCAUAUCUUUCUAAAAUAUAAUUUAGUACUAAGUCACCUGAACAGUAUUAGCUAAAAGGAUUUGAGCACUAGACUUGGGAAGUGACCCAUUUGGGAUAUGGAGUCGUAGGCUUUUCUAAUGGUGUGUGUUAGAUCUGAAGGGCCUGGUGGACACACGUUGCAUGCAGUGUAAAAAAACCUUUCUGCCUGAAAUCUCAGGAAAACAAGAAAUUACUGAGGUGAAGGGGAGGGGAAUAGCAUGACAGAUAAGGGGCACUGUUGUAAAGAAAUAGUAACACAUACUGUGAGUGCCUAGUAUAAAAAUACAUGUGGUGGAAAUUAAACAAUCCUUGGGGUGAGUAAGGGAACAGUUCUAUAUUUAGACUGGAAUGCAUCCAGUUGGACUGGGAGGCCAGCAUCUGUCUCUAGCAUGGUGCAUUAUCCUGCCCUUGGAAGGCUACUCAGAUCUAAUUCUGAAGGCUGUAAAUUUUUCAGAAAGUUGUGGGGUUUGUUUUUGGUUUUGUCAGGAAAAACUCCCAUUAACUUCAGCAAGAGUUGAGACAAAUGCUCAGCAUUUGCUCCUUUAUGUGAAAUCUGAGGGCUGGGGAGAAGGGAGUGGUAAAUUGUACACCAAGAUGGCAUUCUUUGACAUGACAACAGUUAAAACAAAAAGUAAUAACAAUAAUAAUAAUAAUAAUUCAAACAAGUUUAUUAUGGGAGAUAAAUUUGGAAAAGCAGAAAUCUUAAGUUUAUUGGCAGUUUCCUUUGCAAACAGGAAAAAAAAUUAGACACCUGCAAAGUCCCAUGCACAUUAGUUACAGACUUAGCACUGAACAUUUGGAAAGUGUGGUCGUGCCGGUUCAGAGCAGCAGAUCUGUGGCUGUUAUAAACUGACAACAGACAACUGCACAGUUCAGGAUUUGGUCUGGCAAGUUUCAUGGCAUAUUACAGAAAGCAGUAUUUAACCAAGAAAUAUGGCUGAUACACUCCCAGGAGCAGUGUGAUGCCAUGAAAAGAGACUUCCACUCAGGAGGAGGGUCCUGUUCAGCUCCUCCUGCAGUCUGAUGUGAUCAUGUGAGUUGUGCUGAAACCCCGGUGCCCCUGCCCUCUCGCAGUGCUUUACAAAAAGCUGUGUCAAACCACAUUUAAAAGUCUUGUUAAAAAGUCCAAGCGUUGACCUUGGUUUCUGGAAAUGGCCACAAAAAGGAAUUAUUUCUGUGUUUGAGUAAACAAGGGCUUCAAUCUACAGCCUUUGUUUUGUUUGUGUGUUUACCCAGCAGAAACCUGCACAGAUCUUGGUGUCACAAAACCAUUGUUUGUAAAGUCUCUGCAAAACAGGUGUCCUGAUCUUCAAGGAUGAUCAACCCUGUUAAUCCCUUGGGCUGGGAUUUUCAAAAGAAUCUCAAAAGACAACCUCAGUGAAAGAAAAACACACUUAUAGGCACCCUGCCCAUCCCUGUCUGGGGGCCCCACCACUGGCACCCAGCAGUGGACAAGCCCAAGGCCUUACAGGCUCCCUUUGCCCUCUUCUGGGAACACUUGCUUAACCCAUCACAUUAAGGCACAGGUUGAAACAAAUCACAAGUGUGCUUAAUAACGUAUAAAAUAGCUUAGUAAAAUUGUCAUGAAAAUUUAAAAGCUUGGGCAAAAAAACCCUACCCCUCUGCCAUUUAUACGGAUGACAACGAUAAUGAAAAAAAUAACGAUGUUUUAACUCACCCAUCAAAAAAAUUUAUUCACCCUGAGAGAGCAGAACUGUGGAAAGAUACUUACCUUGAAUUUAUAAACUACUCCUCAGAUAAAGAAAUACAGGAUGCAAAGUUGCCUCAUUCACAUUCAUUCAGGCACCCAGAGCCCUUUUUUUUUAGCCUAGUGGAUGCAGAUUCUUUGGAAUUAGAGCUUAUGAGAGAGGCCCUAAUCCUGGGCCUGGUCUCACUGUCUGUACAGCUGAGGGAAUGACUCGGUGUCACCAGCUGCCCCAGGGGAUGUGCAGCCUUGCUGGACACACCACAGGCCAUGCCUGCAGCUCCUCGGAUGCUCAAAGAGUCCGGUAAGGAGUCAGGACCAGGAGGAGAGAAACACUUCCUUUUGGUAGGGGUCUGGAUGGCCUUCCCUAAGGCUGCUUAACAAUCUUUCUGCUUAAUUAAAGGUGAGCAAUUUUUCUUUCCUUCAGUAGCUACAUGGCAGAUAAAAUAAUAAUAAAAAACAAUUACAUCAUCAUUGAUAAACUGAAAUGGCAAUUCCAGUGUACCCGUUUCUUGCUGGUUGAUGUCCAGAGAAAUUCCAUAUCCUAAACUAGAACUUUACCAUUAAUGUGGUCUAAAAAAUAAUCCAACAAAACAGACCUAAAUAAAUAAAUAGUUUACUCUUGAAAUCACAUGCUAAGUGAUCCUGAAGAAACAAAAGGCAGCAGGGGAACUGAACAAUAAUGGUUAUGGUAAGGAAAUAAUACAAUUUCACAAGGUAGAUGUUUUUGUUUAGGAAUUGUUCCAUAUCACAGGAAAGGUCCAAGCUGGUCAACUUGUCUGGAAAUGGCAGAGCAGAAGUGAUACUUGAAGCAGGACAGAAAGAAGAAAGCAAGUCUUCUCAGUCUGAGGAGGGCACUUCUCUUUUAUUGAGCAAAGCAGAAGGCAUUUCCAAGCCGACCACAUGGGCACUCAGCCUUGGCUUUCUUGAAUGCAGUGGUGUAACCAGAGAGGCGAGAGGAGCCCCUGAGAUGUGGGUGGCUUUGCUUUGUGGGCACAUGCAGCUUAGGGAAAUGGAGGAAUGAAUAUGGACUUUUGGGAAGGUUUCUGUGCUACAAGACAUACUCGUCCGGGUGUUAGACCUGCUCCUCCCUAGCCAGAGAUAAAUGGAAACAAGGCAAUUCUUCCAUGCCCUUGUCUGGCACCACCCCCUGAGCUCAGCAGGGUGGCACGAGGUGUGCUUCAAGGUCCAGAGAUACACAGAUGCAGCAUUUAGCCACAGCAGGCCUAAGGUCCAGCUUUUUAUUCUUACGGAAAAUGGUGCCAUUGGCUAUUGCAAGGAGUGAGAAUCCCACCAGCAACGUGCUCCUCACAGUGCCCAGCAGCAGACCUUGGAAAUGACUAUGACUGAGUCUGUUCUAAAUGAGUUUGGAAGCACGUGGGAUUUUAAGACAGAAGAACUGAGCACAGCUGAGUCUGUCUCUCUGAAUGCUCUGGCUUUUGGCUCCCUCCACUGUGGUUUGACUUGCAAAACGUGUCUGAUGUGACCUCUGCUUUAGUUCUGUCAUGUUGGGUGACAUUGUAAUAAGUGACGUCAUAAUGGAAGACAUGAUAAUGGGUGACAUAAUGGAAGGCAUUGAAUGGGUGACAUCAUAUUGGAUGAUAUAAUGGGUGACAUCAUAGUGGGUGACAUCAUAAAGGGUGAAGUCAUAAUAGAACACAUCAUAAUGGGGGACAUCAUAAUGGAAGACAUCAUAAUGGGUGACAUCAUAAAGGGGGACAUCCUAAAGGGAGACAUCCUAAAGGGAGACAUCAUAAUGGGUGAUGUCAUAAUAGAACACAUCAUAAUGGAAGCCAACUUAUGGAUGACAUUAUAAAAGGUGAGAUCAUAAUGGGUGACAGCGUAACGGGUGACAUAAUAGGUGACAAAAUAAAGGACAUCCUAAAGGGUGAUGUGAUAAUGGGUGACAUCCUAAUAAAACGUCAUAACGGGUGACACCACAAUGGAAGACAUUUUAUUGGUGACAUCAUAAUGGGUCACAUAUUGGGUCAUGUAAUGCGUGACAUCAUAAUGGAAGAUACCUUAUGGGUAAAAUCAUAAAGGGUGACGUCACAAUAGACCACACCAUAAUGGCUGACAUCAUAGUGGAAGACAUGAGUGACAUCAUAAUGGAAGAUAUAAUAAUUGGUAAAAUAUUGGGUGAUAUAAUGGGUGACAUCAUAUUGGGUGAUAUCAUAAUGGGUGACAUCUUAAGGGUGACAUCAUAAUGGAUAACAUCAUAAUCGGUGACAUCACAAUAGAACACAUCAUAAUGGAAGAUGUCUUAUGAGUGAUGUAAUAAAGGGAAACAUCCUAAAGGAUGACAUCAUAAUGGGUGAUGUCAUAAUGGAAGCCAGCUUAUGGGUGACAUUAUAAAAGGUGAGAUCAUAAUGGAAGAUGUCAUAAUGGGUGACAUCCUAAAGGGAGACAUCCUAGAGGAUGAUGGGAUAAUGGGUGACAUAAUAAAACAUGUCAUAACAAGUGACAUCAUAAUGGAAGACAUUUUAUUGGUGACAUCAUAAUGGAAGAUAUCAUAAUGGGUCACAUACUGGGUCAUAUAAUGGGUGACAUCAUAAUGGAAGAUAUCUUAUGGGUAACAUCAUAAAGGGUGACGUCACAAUAGAACACACCAUAAUGGCUGACAUCAUAGUGGAAGACAUGAGUGACAUCAUAAUGGAAGAUAUAAUAAUUGGUAAAAUAUUGGGUGAUAUAAUGGGUGACAUCAUAGUGGGUGACAUCAUAAAGGGUGAAGUCAUAAUGGGUAACAUCAUAAUAGAACACAUCAUAAUGGAGGACAUAAUAAUGGAAGACAUCAUAAUGGGGGACAUCCUAAAGGGAGACAUCAUAAUGUGUGAUGUCAUAAUUGGUGAUGUCAUAAUAGAACACAUCAUAAUGGAAGCCAACUUACAGAUGACAUUAUAAAAGGUGAGAUCAUAAUGGGUGACAGCAUAACGGGUGACUUCAUAAUAGGUGACAUAAUAAAGGACAUAUUAAAGGGUGAUGCGAUAAUGGGUGACCAUAAUGGAAGACAUUUUAUUGGUGGCAUCAUAAUGGGUUACAUAUUGGGUCAUAUAAUGAGUGACAUCAUAAUGGAAGAUACCUUAUGGGUAACAUCAUAAAGGGUGACGUCACAAUAGAACACACCAUAAUGGCUGACAUCAUAGUGGAAGACAUGAGUGACAUCAUAAUGGAAGAUGUAAUAAUUGGUAAAAUAUUGGGUGAUAUAAUGGGUGACAUCAUAAUGGGUGACAUAAUAAUGGAAGGCCUGAUUGGUGACAUCAUACUGGGUGAUAUUGUAAUGAGUGACAUCUUAAGGGUGACAUCAUAAUGGGAGACAUCAUAAUGGAUGACAUCAUAAUCGGUGACAUCACAAUAAAACACAUCAUAAUGGAAGAUGUCUUAUGAGUGACGUAAUAAAGGGAAACAUUCUAAAGGGUGACAUCAUAAUCAGUGAUGUCAUAAUGGAAGCCAGCAUAUGGGUGACAUUAUAAAAGGUGAGAUCAUAAUGGAAGAUGUCAUAAUGGGUGACAGUGUAACGGGUGAUGUCAUAAUGGGUGACAUAAUAAAACAUGUCAUAACAAGUGACAUCAUAAUGGAAGACAUUUUAUUGGUGACAUCAUAAUGGAAGACAUCAUAAUGGGUCACAUACUGGGUAAUAUAAUGGGUGACAUCAUAAUGGAAGACAUCUUAUGGGUAACAUAAUGGAAGAUACCUUAUGGGUGACAUCAUAAAGGGUGACGUCAUAAAAGAACACACCGUAAUGGCUGACAUCAUAGUGGAAGAUAUAAUAAUUGGUAAAAUAUUGGGUGAUAUAAUGGGUGACAUCAUAAUGGGUGAUAUCAUAGUGGGUGACAUCAUAAUGGGUGACGUCAUAAUGGGUGACGUCAUAAUGGGUGACAAAGGGAGACAUCCUAAAGGGUGAUGUCAUAAUGGGUGACAUCAUAAUGGAAGACAUAAUGGGUGACAUAAUAAAGGGUGACUUCCUAA